UAUACCAAAUUCCGUGGAAAAGAAAGGGAAAAAAAAGGGGGAAAAAAAGGGGUUGAGUUGUGAUCAUUAAAUAGGACAGGUCCUUGGUGGUGCGAGUCUUCUUCAAGUCGGCUCUCUCUGCAUGGAAAUGUGUGUCCAGUACAGCUGCGAAGACGUUAUUCAUCUCCGUCUUUAAGUUCUCUCCCUUUCGUUUCGCUGUUUAAGGUUUAAGCUCUUCCAACGGCCUGAGAUCCGCCGGAGUGUCUCUCUCGCUCGCUGCCCGCCGACAUGGUGCUCAGAUCGUUAUCCAGAGAAGUCAAGUGGAUUUGCGGUGAUUUGCUCCGAAAUAGCGUGAGAUUUGCUUCGACGACGAGCAGCGGUGGAAGGCUACAAGGCAAAGUAGCUUUGAUAACAGGAGGAGCAAGUGGGCUUGGAAGGGCUGCAGCCUCUGAGUUCAUCCAACAUGGAGCCCAAGUCAUUAUUGCUGACGUUGAUUCACAGCAAGGCCCACAAGUCGCCAAGUUUCUGGGCCCGGAGGCCCAGUUUGUCUGCUGCGAUGUUUCGGUUGAGGCCCAAGUAGCAGAAGCAGUAGACACUGCCAUGGCUAGCCAUGGAAAACUGGACAUAAUGUUCAAUAACGCUGGAAUAGCUGGCAAGGCGAUCCCACCGGGCAUUGCUGAUCUAGACCUAGCGGAGUUUGAUCGGGUCAUGGGUGUCAACGUUCGGGGUGCCAUUGCGGGGAUUAAGCAUGCCGCCCGGGUUAUGAUCCCAGUGGGCUCAGGUUCCAUUCUAUGCACAGCUAGCAUUAGUGGGCUAAUGGGUGGGCUUGGCCCACAUCCGUAUUCCAUAUCCAAAUUUGCUAUUCCCGGAAUUGUGAAGGCCACAUCAUAUGAGUUAUGCCAGUAUGGGGUUAGGAUCAAUUGUAUAUCACCAUCUCCUAUUCCCACACCGCAGGUGGUGAGCCAAUUAUCGAUGUUCUACCCGGGUGCGACACAAGAACAGAUAGCGAAAAUGGUGAAUGGGUUGGGGGAGCUGAAGGGGACGAAGUGUGAAGAAAGUGACAUAGCUCAUGCAGCCUUGUAUUUGGCAUCUGAUGAAGCAAAAUAUGUAACAGGACAUAACCUGGUGGUGGAUGGAGGAUUCACAUGCUUUAAAACUCUUGGGUUUCCUUCUCCUGAUCAGGUUGUGUAGUGUCAUGAUCUUCUUUCUUCACGUUUCUCUUUUUUCCGCAUAUGGUUGAUCAUUGUUUUGCCUACCUUUUUUGUAACUUUGAAGGAACAGAUUUGUGUUGAAAAUUUGGAAUUUGUCUGAUAAACACAGCAAGAAAUAAAUACAAAAUAGCAUUACUAU